UCUCAUUCAAUUAUAGUUUUAUCAAAUGGCUGACUCUGCAACGGCCGAUAGAAGAGGUGGUUUUGGACGUGGACGUGGACGUGGCGGUCGUGGACGUGGUGGCCGUGGUCGUCGUGGUGAAGAAAAGAACGAAUGGGUUCCUGUUACCAAACUCGGUCGUCUUGUGAAGGCUGGUAAGAUCAAGUCUAUUGAAGAAAUCUACUUGUUCUCUUUGCCUAUCAAAGAAUACCAAAUUGUCGAUUACUUCUUGCCCAAACUCCAAGAUCAAGUAAUGAAGAUUAUGCCUGUUCAAAAGCAAACUCGUGCCGGUCAACGUACUCGUUUCAAGGCUUUUGUUGUUAUUGGUGAUAGUGAUGGUCAUGUUGGUCUUGGUGUCAAGUGUUCUAAGGAAGUUGCCACCUCCAUCCGUGGUGCUAUUAUCUUGGCCAAGUUGUCUAUCAUCCCUGUCCGUCGUGGUUUCUGGGGUUCUUCUCUUGGUGAACCUCAUACUGUUCCUUGCAAGGUCACUGGUAAGUGUGGUUCUUCCGUUUGCCGUCUUAUUCCUGCUCCCCGUGGUACUGGUAUUGUCGGUGCUCCUGUUCCCAAGAAGGUUCUUCAAUUGGCUGGUAUUACUGAUUGUUAUACUUCUUCCAAGGGUUCUACCCGUACUUUGGGUAACUUUGUCAAGGCCACCUUCGCUGCUAUUGGCAACACUUAUGGUUUCUUGACUCCUGAUCUCUGGGCUGAAACUGAAUUCACCAAGGCUCCUUAUCAAGAAUUCACUGACUUCCUUUCCCAAAAGCAACGCAAGUAAAUCAACUACUGAUUGCGGAUGAUAUAAUGUCUUCUCUAUUGGUUGGACAAAUUUUAGUAUAGUUUAUUAUUCUUUUGAUUUGUCUUUUUAUGUCAAUAAAGAAAACGUUUACAACUU